GUCAGCGUACGACAUGAUCGCCGCGUCGCUACCUCCUGCCUCCACGCCCACCGCGCGCAAUGUUUCGAGAGCAGAUAAGCUCGCACAGCUCCCCUCUCCAACCUCUGUCAAGGCAGCGUGGCAGCGUGCUGCGCAGAGCCCGUCGUCUUCCUCGCCAUUAUCUCCACGAAAGGCCUCCCAGCGCACGCCGGCAUUGCCUAAUGAGUCCUUUGUGCUCCUGCAGGACUCGGUUGUCCGCAAAAUCCCCUCGCCUGCUCCGUCGCCUUCUCACACUAAGAAGCCGUCAACCUCAAAAUCUCGGCAAAACACGCUACCUGCACACCCACAAACAGCUGCCCCAGAGGAGGUGACGCACCCAAACCCUUCGCCCCUCUCGCAUCACCUCCGAUCGACUCUGCGGCUCUUCAACCUUCUUUCUAGCCGAACAGAGGUUGAUCAUCCCCUUUGCUCAGAAUGCACGCAGAGCCUUCUCGAGAUGCUUGGUAAGCAACUCGAAGAGACGAAGAAGGAGCGAGACGGCUACAUUGCGUUCGAAAAAGAGGUGCGGAAAGAGAAGGAGCGAGAGCGAGAGGGACCUAGCAAGGCAGAAGUGGACUCUAAGAUUGAGAAGCUUAAGGAGGAAGAACGGCUUGCCAUUGACCAGCUCAAAGCCGCGGAGAAGGAGCGGAUGCAGCUCGAGGACGAAUUGCGGGCCCUAGAGCUGGAAGAGAAGGCCCUAGAGGAGGAGGAAGCUGAGUUCUGGCGAGCGCACAACGCGCAUCUGCUCAAGUCCGCGGAGCAGGCUGCGCAGCUCGCGUCUCUGCGUGCUGCGUACGCGGCGGACUCGGCGACGCUCGACAAGCUCGAACGCACGAAUGUCUACAACGAUGCGUUUUGCAUUGGACACGAUGGUGUUUUCGGUACCAUCAAUGGUCUCCGACUGGGUCGGGUACCUGGAGUACCUGUUGAGUGGGCGGAGAUUAACGCGGCAUGGGGCCAAACAUUGCUUCUGCUCUACACCAUCGCAAGGAAAUUAGACUAUACUUUCGAAGGAUAUCGAUUGAUCCCUAUGGGCUCCUUCUCUCGCAUAGAGCGGACGACUCCAACAGAUAAGGCGACGUACGAGUUAUACGGUUCAGGUGAUUUACACUUGGGUCGGCUCUUGCAUAACCGCCGCUUCGACUUUGCCAUGGUAGCGUUCUUGGACUGCUUGAAGCAAUUGAUAGAUUAUGUGAAGUCGCAAGAUCCACAUGUUGACUUUCCGCACCAGAUCGUCAAAGACAAAAUAGGUGAAGCUUCGGUGAAGCUCCAGUUCAGUCAGGAAGAGGCAUGGACACGCGCAUUGCGACAUGUGUUGCUCGCACUCAAGAUACUGCUCAAGUGGACGACGAACGGCAGCAACGGCUGAGCGGCGCGCCUCUAAACGAGCGACGAUCUCGCGGCCCAGGACUUCGCGCUCCCAUGAGCUACCCUUCAGGCACGCCACUCUGUGCGCGACGCAUGUACUUGGAUCUUCCCCGGAUCCGUUUGUCGACCCCGACAACAUUCCCUCACGAGUAGCUACCGCUGUCCGCCUGCAAGCCCUAUUGUCUGCCAAUGCGAUGUGUAGUUAAC